AUGUCGCACAGAGGCGGCGAUAGAGGUGGGCGGGGACGCGGCGGGGGUGGUGAUCGAGGAGGCGGCGGUGGGCGGGGCGGCUUCCGUGGUGGUCCUGGACGCGGUGGAUUCAGUGACCGCGGCGGUGCCCCUGGGCGUGGUGGAUUCGGCGAUCGUGGAGGCCCCCCUGGACGUGGCGGUCCACGAGGAGGUGGCCCAGGUGAUCGUGGGGGACGCGGUGGUGGUCGUGGAGGCCAUUUUGGAGGGGGAGGAGGGAUCUUCCAACCUGGCCAAGUCGACAUCGAUCAACGGCUGCAAGAUAACUCGCAGGAUGUGCUCGUCCAGUCAUUGGGAAACCUGUCCCUCCAAUCUGAUGACCUUCCUGUCCGCCCCGGCUUUGGCACGCGUGGUAGACAGAUCAAACUUCGUGCCAACUUCUUCCCAGUCAGAGUACCCAAGGGACCACUCUACGAAUACGACGUCAGCAUUACGCCAAAAGCGAAAGAACUUGCAAAGCGCGUCAAGACUCGCAUCUUCCAACUCGCUGAGCAGACUCCCGAGUGGAGGUCAAAGGGACUCAAAGGACGUGUUGCGCACGAUAAUUCAGCCAAACUGAUCUCUGCCCACAAACUACCCCAACCAUUGUCCAUCACAGUCGGGUAUUACGAUGACGAUGAGCAACCGCCCAAGGGUGCGGGCAAACAGUACACUCUCGAAUUCAACUAUAUCCAGGACAUCGAUACAGGCAAUCUUAUGAGCUAUCUUGCGGGCAAUCCUCAGUAUCGCGACUACGAUAUUCUACCCGUCAUAUCUGCCUUGAACGUCAUUUUGGCUUCCCAUCCGAACCGUACAGGCGGUCCUGGAGUCAUGGUCGGGAGAAACAGGUGGUUCUUCCGAUCUGCAGAGACUCCGACAGGCCUAGGCAUGGGACUCGAGGCCUGGAGGGGAUUUUUCUCUUCCGUGCGCCCCACCCAUAACCAACUGAUGGUCAAUGUUAAUGUAUGCACGACGGCGUUCUACAUCCCUGGAAAUUUGGCCGACGCUCUCUCUGCGUUUGAUCGAGGGAGCUUUGGUGCUCAGGCCAACGCCUUCGUGAAAGGCGUCAGGAUUAGAACCCUGCAUCUCGGAUACAAGAAGACAGUCAAAGCCAUGGCCAGAGACACUGCUAAAACCCAUCGCUUCUUCGUCGACGAAUUCAAAAAGGAGCUCACUGUCGAAGAGUAUUUCUUCAGGAAGUACGGCAAGAAGCUCCGCUUCCCCGACAUGCCUCUCGUGGAUGUAGGGAGUCAGAAGACAAACUACCUCCCCGCAGAACUUUGCGAAAUUCUGCCCAACCAAGCUUUCAAAGGCAAACUUUCGGAGGAUCAAACCGCCAACAUGAUCAAGGUUGCUGCAAGGCCCCCGCUUGCCAAUGCCAAUGCCAUCGUCAAUCAAGGUCUCACUGAACUCGGUUUCCGAGGGCCCAACCCCUUCGGCACUUUUGGAGUCGAGAUUAGACCUGAAAUGGCAGUCGUUCCAGCUCGAAUUCUGCCCCCUCCCAAUAUCCAAUACUCGAGAGGUGCCCCGCAAGUCGACAGCGACAAGGCAAGCUGGAACUUGCGCAACGUCAGGUUCCAUAAGGGCGCAACCCUUUCGAACUGGGCUGUCCUUGUCAUUGCUGACGGCGGCAGGGAUGAAUUCGAGGGGCCAGGCGAUCCAGCCCUGGCACAAACGUGGCGAGGCUUUGCGGCGAUGUGCAAAGCCAGUGGAAUGAUCGUCAAAGAUGAUCCAAGGGUCACCGGAGUCCAAUUGCCCCAUAAGAGGAACGACGAUCUGCUGAGGAGCAACGCUAUCGACAAGAUUCGGGAUACACUCAUGAAGAUGCCUAAGCCGUCGAUUGUCCUGGUUAUCCUUUCGAGUGGGGACAAGCAUGUUUACAAUGGGAUCAAGAAACUGUGCGAUACGCAGUUGGAUUUGCGGCGAAAUGUUGCUGAGUGGAAUUUAGCCACCGUCUGCGUUCAGACAGCCAAGUUCCGCAAGGAAAAAGGCCAGCCGCAAUACUUUGCCAACGUCGCUCUGAAAGUGAACAUGAAGCUCGGUGGUGUCAAUCACGUCCUUGACAAGGACAAUAUGACUUGGCUCAAGCAAAAGCCGACCAUGCUCGUUGGUAUGGACGUUACCCACCCUGGGCCUGGCAGUCGGCUCGGUACGCCUUCGGUUGCGGCGGUUGUAGCCAGUUGCGACCCAGACUUCGCCCAGUUCCCUUGUAGCAUGGAGAUCCAAGAGUCGAAGAAAGAGAUGAUCACGAAUCUGGAGAAGAUGAUGAUUGAAAGGCUGGAUUUGUUUGUGAAGAAGAACCGUAUCCUCCCUGAGCGCAUCCUCGUCUACCGAGAUGGUGUGUCCGAGGGACAAUACCGGACUGUCAUCGAGGAAGAAUUGCCCAAGAUCAAGAAGGCUUUCCGAAAGUUCGACAGGCAGAAGCCAUAUCUUCCUCAAUUGACCAUCGUCAUCUGUGGCAAACGUCAUCACACUCGUUUCUAUCCCACUAACGCCGAGGACGCUGACGACAAGGGUAACCCCAAGCCCGGUACCGUCGUUGACCGAGGGGUGACCUCCAUCUAUCACUUCGAUUUCUUCCUCCAAGCGCACGGUGGUCUCCAAGGCACCACUCGUCCCACUCAUUACUUCGUCGUUCACGAUGAGAUUGGCUUCUCAGCGGACAUGAUCCAUGGUCUCACCAAUGCUGUCAGCUACAUGUUCGCGCGUGCCACCAAGGCUGUUAGCCUGGUCUCUCCGGCCUACUAUGCGGAUUUGGCAUGCGAGAGAGGCAGGUGCUACAUCUCUCGACUCUUGCACGGUAUCAGAGGGGGUGCUACUGCGACGAAAGGUAGUACCGCGGAGAGGGAUGAAACGGCGAAGGAAGGACGGGAUUUGUGGGGGCAAGGUGUCGCUGGACCAAACUUGAAGGAUACCAUGUUCUACUUGUGA